CCUGAUUCUCGUCCCUGGUUGGUGAGAAACUAGUUCCGCCUCCGGUCGCUAUGCAUCGCUCCGCACGGAACCUGCAGCGCUUCAGCGCGGAUCUGUCGAAGCUGUGGGCCGCGCAGAGAUCCAGCAGCCUCCGGUACAUCUGCCCAGCGCCGGGGCUCCAGCUCAGGCCGCUCAGAAUGGCCAGCUCAGAGUCGUUCAGGAUCGAGAGCGACACGUUCGGGGAGCUCAGAGUCCCUUCUGAUAAAUAUUAUGGCGCUCAGACGGUCAGAUCAACCAUGAACUUCAAGAUCGGAGGAGCCUCAGAGAGAAUGCCAAUUCAAGUCAUCAAAGCCUUUGGGAUCCUGAAGAAAGCUGCUGCAGACGUGAAUAAAGAUUACGGUUUGGACCCAAAGAUCGCAGACGCCGUCAUAAAAGCUGCUGAUGAGGUGGCUGCUGGGAAGCUGGAGGAUCAUUUCCCGCUGGUGGUUUGGCAAACAGGAUCCGGAACUAAAUCCAGCUCGCUUGUUCUGUUGCAUGUGUUGCAGAGCUCUAAUGACACGUUCCCCACUGCCAUGCACAUCGCUGCUGCUAAAGAGGUGCAUGAGGUUCUUCUGCCGGGUCUUCAGACGCUGCAUGACGCUCUCGCUGCCAAAGCUGAACAGUUCAAAGACAUCAUUAAGAUCGGCCGCACACACACACAAGACGCAGUGCCGCUCUCUCUUGGACAGGAGUUUGGCGGUUACGUCCAGCAGGUGAAGUACAGCAUUGAGCGAGUGAAAGCGGCUAUGCCUCGUGUGUAUGAGCUGGCAGCGGGCGGCACUGCGGUCGGCACUGGACUCAACACACGCAUCGGCUUCGCUGAGAAAGUAGCAGAUAAAGUGGCUGCACUCACAGGUCUUCCGUUCAUCACGGCGGCUAAUAAGUUCGAGGCUCUGGCGGCCCACGAUGCACUGGUGGAGCUGAGCGGCGCUCUGAACACCGUCUCCGUCAGCAUGAUGAAGAUCGCCAACGACAUCCGCUUCCUGGGAUCCGGACCUCGCUCGGGUCUCGGAGAGCUGAUCCUGCCCGAGAACGAGCCCGGCUCCAGCAUCAUGCCCGGGAAGGUGAACCCCACGCAGUGUGAGGCCAUGACUAUGGUAGCAGCUCAGGUGAUGGGAAACCACGUGGCUGUUACUGUCGGAGGAAGCAACGGACACUUUGAGCUCAACGUGUUCAAGCCGAUGAUCAUUAAAAACGUGCUGAACUCUGCCCGGCUGCUGGGCGACGCUUCGGUUUCAUUCACUAAUAACUGUGUGUCUGGAAUCGAGGCCAAUACAGAGAGAAUCAACAAGCUGAUGAACGAGUCUCUGAUGCUGGUCACGGCGCUGAACCCUCACAUAGGUUAUGAUAAAGCCGCCACUAUUGCAAAGACGGCGCACAAAGAAGGCUUGACUCUGAAAACCACGGCCGUCAAGCUGGGCUUCCUGACAGACGAGCAGUUUGAGCAGUGGGUGCGACCGCAAGACAUGCUGGGACCCAAAUAGAUCAGAACCACGGGACGCCUGGCUAAAGGUCACGGGAAUGAUGCGUUUGUAGAAUAAAACACCCGUUUCAUUCAAA